AUGGCAUACGAGAGGAUUGCCACCGGAGUUAGACUGUCAGACUUUCACAAGGAUUACCCCUUUAGAUUUUUGAUGAUAAAAACGGUGCCAAACCAUUCUGCCACACCUCCAGGAUUACCUAAUGAAUGGUACGAAUCCGUAAAGAAAUUCAGAUUUCCUAGAAUCGUUCUGAAAGAUUCUCUUGGAAACCAGUUGGACACUUAUACCACAUUACAGGAGGCCAUUUAUAGAGACAGGUGGAAUGUAAAGCAAUCCCAAGAAGCAUCCAAACCAAAUGAAUGGCGACUCCCCAAAGCCCCGCCACCUGCUAGACCAGACUAUACCAGACGUGGACCUCCUGCACCGUCCAGACUCCGGAGUCAUCAGUAUCAUCAUCAGCAUCUAGUCAGCAAGGAUGAUUUGGAUAUUUGUUCGAAUAGAAGGGAGCCUAAUGCAGAUGAUGUCACAUAUGUCGCCGACAGUAUCGCAAAUCUUGAGCAACUGCUCCGGAAGAGUCUCCACGACGGAGAAGAGAUAUCCGGAUACAGGAACUACUUCCAGAUAGUUCACGGACUGUUUCUAGAGAAGAAAUACUUAUCGGAAACCAUCAAGAAAUAUCCAAGCUAUGUGUUCCCCGGAUUCUGUACAGGAUGUAGACGAGCUGGUUUGUGUUACGGAUGUGAAAGGAAUUCUCAGUUACACUACCAUGAGGAUUUUCAAUCUCGAACCGGCGGGGGCUACACCUACUGGAGACAUGACAGGGCCCAGUCCGAAAUCAGUAAGAAUAAUCCAAGAAAUUGGAAGAGAAUACAAGAGUCACAAUCCGCUGAUAGGCAAAUAGAUACUGCCGACAAAGUAGAGUCUAUAGCGGAAGUGUAUGAAGUCGACGGAAAGAAAAGACUGGUUCUAGGUAAUGAAGAAGGAGAUGCUCUUGAAGAUACUACCAUAGAAGAACUAUAUACUAUGAAAAUAUGGGAGAGAAUAACCGAUGCAGACUGUGACCAUAUCUUGUGUCUUGACGAAUCAGGUGUAGAGAUCCUCAUCCACAAGAAGAACCUACAGCAGAUCCUUGACAAGAUGCCAAAAGACCAUCCAGAUCGACAGACAAUACAGGACCUGCUCCUGAGUGGGUCUGACUCUGGGAAGCGGUUGUCGGUCACAGUGGAUAUCACCAGUAGAUUGGGUUCACUGACGCCUUCCUCUCGAGGUGAUGAGAGGCAAAGUCUUACGGGUUUCCUGGAAAAUUUACAAGAGAAGAGAAGUGGAACGUCAAGAGACAGUAAAGACGGGGAACUAACUGAAGAACAACCAACAAGACAGUCGCUGUAUAAAGCACCCAAACCAUUUCAACUGAAGCCUCGAGAACGUCGUCAUAUUGUCAGUCAGUCGCCCUUCUCCACAGACAGACAGUACAACAUCCAAACCGGAAGUGGUUUCCAGAUUAAAAAGAGCACCAAGGAACUGACCAAAUUUGUGGACGUAUCGACAGGGGGAGCAGCUUGGAAUGAACCGAAGAAGUUUGAGCUUCAGAAAUUUGACAGAGAUCAAAGAUUCCAUAAAGUAAAGAACGAGAAAGACGAAAGCUUGCUUCAGAAUAAUAACGGAGAUAGGGAUGAAGAUUUUGGAGAUUUUGAAAGACAUGAAAGGUAUGACUUCAGACGACUAGAACCUCUACUUUCACCCGAUUCUGGACUUGAGAGCGAGGUUAUGACAGAAUCUGUAAUGACUUGUGAAAGCAAUAAAGAAAACGAGGUCUCCCAGGAUCAAACUCAAGAUUGCGCUACAAUUCAGGAGUAUUGUCACCCGAUGGAAGACGCCACAGUUCAGUCUUUAAGAAUACGAGGAUUGUCUUCUGAUGACAGUCUCCUUUCUAAUAGAUCAGAUCGAGACAAUCAAAACAGAGCCAGUCGUUUUUCAGCAAAUGGAAAUCAAACAGACUGGAUGAAAACAACUUCACAAAAAUCAGAUUUAGAAAAACAAAAUGGCCGCGUUGAUGGCGAAGAAAUAUUGUCCAAUAAAAAGACUAGAAAUGAGAUCUUGAAGAAGAGCAGACGAUCAAGCCAGGAACGACAACUCUCUUGGGCAUCCACCAAAUCAGUACCAUCAGACGAUGACCAUCUUUCAGAAGUGGAGAAGGAGGACAGCUUCAUCUUUCCUGAAAGAGAGAUGAACAAGCUGAAACUUCCAAACUUUCAAGUUAAACGACUAUCACCUGACUUACCUAUCAUAGGAGCUGGGACCAAGGGGGACAGAAGAAAAUCCAGUAUGAAAUUCGCUGUUGAAGCCCCACCAGAGAUGAAACAACCACCCAAGAAACGACCUCCACCUCCAAAAUCCAGAAAACUGCCUAAAAUUCAGACGCCUAGACGAAAGAGGAAAGCCGCCGAAGCUCCAGUGUCACAAGAUGAAUUGAGAGAAAUCCACGAUCCCUUGGAUUUCUUGGCUAAAUACUGUAUCAUCAACCCAGUACGGUUGCCGUAUUAUGAGCUUAUCUUUGAAUCAGCGGUAUCGGAGAACAAACCAGAGUACGGUCUAUCAAACCUGAUGGCGCUGAAAGGAGAUGCCGAGUCUCCACGACAGCAUCUUCAGUCUCUAUCCAACCACGAGGUCUCCAUGCUUCGAGACAUGACUCUUAUUGGCCACAGCAGUCCUUCUAUACAGGCAGGAAACAUGGUAGAAGAAGAGUGUCUCAAGAAGUUAGAUUUUACCAUCGAAACACUGGAGUCCAAACGAUCAGAGCUGGAGAACAACUGGGGGAAUCUAGAAGCGAGACGGUUGUGUUUGAUUGCCCAGAUAGCCAUUGAAGAAUACCCAGGAAUCGACGGUGCCAGCUAUUCUCCACGAAAACAGAAAAAGGCUAAAAGAGACCCAGUUCAACAGUUUACAGAUCCUUCUGAAAUAACCCCAGAUGUAAUUAUACAACGACUGGAUAAGAAAGGCUAUCAACAGAUCUGUAAGAAUGACAGUGUUCGUCAGAUUGAUCUGGAAAUGGAGAGAUGUCAACAGAAAUCACUAGAAGUUGCCAGUCGUCUUGCUCAUAAAAACGAGGAGCGUUCGAUAUUACUUAGCUACUGUGAAGAUGAAUACAUUAACAGACAGUUUACAGAAACACACCCUGCUGAUUUCAGACGACAGCAAAGUGUCCUGUAUAACACAUUGAGACCAACGCCAGAUUACGAGAUUAAGUUGGAUAAUCUACGGGAGUCUUUACAGCAGGUGAACAAUCAUCUACUUACGGAUCGGGAAUGCGACUUCUUAUAUCAUGUAUUGGACUUACCAGGACGAGAGAAGAUCAACUUCCGGUUGUUUUCUGUUGUGGCUGCUCUAUCUGAAAAAGUAACACAAUUAGAUCCGAUGAUUCGACAGCUGAUGAAUAAACAUGAUUACAAAGCCUUGGAUAUCAAGAUGGAGAAAUGUAGAGAAUUAUUCAGUUUUCUACAAGAAGAUAUGGAAUCAGGGGACGCAACUUCUACCAGCCUGAUCCUGGAACUAACGGCUGGUGGUCUAACACAUGAACAUAUUCAUUAUGUACUGAGUAAAUUUAACAGAGAAGGAAGGGGUUUGAUAGAUUUUAUGGAUUUCGUCACCUAUAUACCGUUAUUUGUUGAGAUCCAUCAGCGGAUUAUUAAAGAUCCUCUCAAUGAAGACCAAGACUUGUAGCCGAUCUAAUUAUUUUAUCACUGUGUGCUUUAUUUAACGAAUUAGGGGCCAGGAUAUCUUUGUCAUAAUACGUGCCAUAACUUCAGGGGAAUAUGUCGAAAUAUAGAACUUCUGCCAGUGGCUGCUGCAAAACUAUGGAUUUGGGAGGGGUGGGGAAGCACCGGGAAUAAAACUAUGGAUUCGGGAGGGGUGGGGCAUCGUGGAUAAAACUAUGUAGGCCUAAAUUAAGGGCUUAACUCAAGCAUUUUAUGUCAUUUAAAACAGUAUUCUUUACGAUGAAAAAAUGCACAUUUCCACUAAUUUUUGAGCCUUUAGAGCCGCCCAUGUCUUCUAUAAUAUAUACGUACCGUACCUACACUCAGUUUACAACCGGUGUGUACAAUAAAUCUUAUAUAUCAUCUUAUCAAAAUGUUGGUUUUAUUCAUUGUCAUGUUUGUAGCAUGUUUGAGUCAGAGAAAAUAAAAUGUUUCUUUUUUU